AUGGCCUUGGCAAGCCGCUUGUCGCGGCCGUUCGCCGCCGGUACUGUCAAAAGGGCCGCGUCCGCUGCGUCGGGAACAACGUAUAAAAAGAGUAUUGUGAGAUUCCCAAGGACUUUUACCACGAGUUCGCGUUUGUUUACAGAUCAAGCAACUGCUUCAAUUCCACCUAUUGCUCAAAAAUCGAUUCUCCGCCGAACUCUGGGUUUUUUCUCCAUUGCAUUUUUCUUUACUACCCUCGGCGUAGCAGUAUAUAUACCCAGUAUGGUGGCAAGUGCAAAAGAAAUCGCCAAAGGGCCUCCAACAGAUGAGGAGACUCUCACGAUGUAUGUUCCAGCGGAUGAUGUCGAGCGGGAAAUCGAGGAACACAUUCGAAACCACCCCGUGGCAGUGGAAUUGAGGUCAAGGCCAGAGAUGUCAGAAUCGAGACCGCAUAUGAAGAUUCCAUUCGGUUACAAGGCGCACAACUUCACGGGUGGUACUUUGAUGGGACCUGGAAGGGUCGCUGUACCACCGUUUGCUUGGAAUGAGGCUGGUGGGAAGAGCAUGGUCUCGAUAUCAUACUUGGGAGAGGAUCUUUGCGGACACCCGGGAAUUAUUCAUGGUGGUAUGCUUGCUACCAUGUUAGAUGAAGGUCUAGCCAGAUGUUGCUUUGCAGCACUACCGAACAAGAUUGGAAUGACUGCCAAUUUGAAUAUUAAUUACCGAGCGCCGGCACCUGCUGGAUCAUUUGUUGUGUUAAGAGCGGAGACUACUAAGGUUGAGGGAAGGAAAGCGUGGGUCAAAGGUCAUAUCGAAACUCUUGUUGGGGAAGGGGAGACGCCUGUCAUCUUGGUGGAGGCUACUGCACUUUUUAUCGAGCCAAAACUCGCAGCUAAAAUGGCGAGGGUAUAUCCUACCCACAACAUCACAUGGCACGAAGGUCUCUCGCGCUCCGAGCGCAACGACCUGCGUAAACAAAAGGGCUUUACGCUCUGGUUCACCGGUCUCUCCGCGUCCGGAAAAAGCACCAUCGCAACGGCGGCCGAACAACAUCUACUUCACUUGGGACUCGCAGCAUAUCGAUUGGAUGGUGAUAAUGUGCGCUUUGGAUUGAACAAGGAUCUCGGGUUCAGCGAGAAAGAUCGUAAUGAGAAUAUCAGACGGAUUGGGGAGGUUGCGAAAUUAUUCGCUGAUUCUUCGACUAUCGCUUUGACUUCUUUCAUCUCGCCGUAUAUCUCAGAUCGAAAGAUUGCGCGGGACUUGCAUAGCUCGGAUAAGGGUGAUGCGUUACCUUUCAUUGAGGUUUUCGUCGAUAUCCCGGUCGAGGUUGCGGAGGCUAGAGAUCCAAAGGGAUUGUAUAAGAAGGCUCGUGCUGGGGAGAUUCCAAAUUUCACUGGAAUUAGUGCGCCAUAUGAGGCUCCUGAGAACCCAGAAAUCCACAUCAGGAAUGAUCAGGUAACGGUUGAGGAAGCAGUUGCCAAGAUCAUGGAAUAUUUGUACGAGCACAAGUUGAUUGAGAAGUCAGCGUCUGCAUAA